CCUACCUACCUAGCUAGAGGGAUGGAAGCUACACACAUUCGAGAAAAGGGUGUUGUUGUUGAGGGAAGUGAAAACAUUGCUGCUGGGAAAGAAAAUGAAGAACUUCUCAAGAAGAUUAUUGCAACUCAUCCUUUGUAUGAAGUUUUGAUUCAAUCUCACAUCAACUGCUUGAAGAAAAAGACACAGGCCAUUGCAAAAAGCUUCCAUUUUAGUAUAACAGUGGUCACCUACAUGGUGGGAUUAAGUGAAGCAGAAGUGUUUGAUGAUGAUGAACUGAAGAAGCUGAUGAAUUCAAAGUCCAAAUUAGCACCUGGUGCAAACACUUCAGAGUUAGAUCACUUCAUGGAAGCUUAUUGCAUGGCACUGAGCAAGCUGAAAGAGGCAAUAGAAGAACCAACAAAAGAAACGAAUGCUUUCAUCAGAGCCACGUAUCAUGAACUAAAGCAACUGGAAGAAGUGAAGAACCCAUAACUUUUCAUAAGUAGUUGGAAUCUCGAUGAUGAACUUGGUCCUUUCUAGCAAGUACCAUUACCUUAUUAUUGUAGCUCUUAUUUUCAGAAUGUUAUUCACUCAAGCAAUCACUUUCA